AUGCCCCGUUGGUUCCUAAAUUCAUUCACUGCUGGCCUGGCGAGCUACUCAGACAUCGGCCAAAGGUUGUUUGGUCAGAAUCAGAGAAGUGUAGUCUAUAUAUAUAUAUAUAUAUAUAUAUAUAUAUAUAUAUAUAUAUAUAUAUAUAUAUAUAUAUACAGAAAUAGAAAUAGGACCAUGUCAUUCCGAUCUGUAAGCUUAGAUUCAGUAUCGAGUAAUGUUGAAUAGACUUAUUUCAACACUUUAUUGUUUGCCUAUAAAUCGGAUAUAUUAACAACACUGAUUGGUCAACAAAUUAUAAUACAAAAAAAACACAAAACCAUCCUAUUGAAAAUAGUUGGCCAGGCGUGGCCUAUGCCUACUGAGAGAGCCGCAUCAUGCCAACCCGUCCCAUGUUGUCUCUUUCUCUACCAGGUUAUUAUCUGAUGCCCCACAAUGUGAGUUUGUAUUCCAGCCCGUGUCGCGGCGGGAUUAGGGGUGUCAUUAUGUACAAUUACAUAUGCUAAUGACGGUUGGGUUGAGAAACCUGCAGACUGACUAAACACUGUAAUAUUGAUUUUAAUCACAUUAUGACCAUGCCUGUAAAAUUCAUAGAAAACACUAGCUAUAUUUUCCCAAGUCAAACUCUUUGUUUGGGGUUAUAUAUAUAUAUAUAUAUAUAUAUAUAUAUAUAUAUAUAUAUAUAUAUAUAUAUAUAUAUAUAUAUAUAUAUAUAUAUAUAUAUAUAUAUAUAUAUAUAUAAUUACAUAAUGUGAGUAAUUCGGUUCCUUUUUAACAAACAAAAUGUACAAAUACAUGUAAAGACAUAGCCCUGUAGGCCUAUGUACAGCAGAUUACCGCAAAAUGCAAGGCGUUAAGUAAUCUGACGGACAAUAACGUUUUCUAUUCUAUUCUAAUAAUAUGUUACCUUAUGGUUAGCCAGAGAAAGUAUUAUACAUCCUCGCAUGCUACAUUGAUUCCCUCUUCAAAAUAAAUAAUGUAAAUCCUAACAGGCCAAAGUUAAACAAUAUAGCUACUCAAGACCGCAUGUAGGCUGUAGGUCAGUUGGUAGAGCUUGGCGUUUGCAACGCCAGGCUUGUGGGUUCGCUUCCCACCGGGGGCCAGUAUGCACAAAUAAAUUAAUAAAAUGUAUGCACUAACUGUAAGUCGCUCUGCAUAAGAGCUUCCGCUAAAUGACUAAAAUGUAAAUGUAAUCCAGAAAUAUAAGGGGGACUCGUAGCCUAUGGCUUUGUUGAAUUGUGUUUGUGGACUCGAAUAUGCAAAUUCAUAAUUUAAUAUCAUUUGACAAAGUAGAAAAAAAAGCCUUGCUUCAGUGGAGUAUAGACUGAGCCCCGUGUAGCUCAGUUGGUAGAGCAUGGCUCUUGCAACGCCAGGGUUGUGGGUUCGCUUCCCACGAGGGGCCAGUAUGGAAAAUGUGUACACUCACUAACUGUAAGUCGCUCUGGAUAAGAGCGUCUGCUAAAUGACUCAAAAUGUCAAAAUGAUUCAGAAUAGGAGUCGGGUAGGACGGGUAGUUGGACUGAUCCAGAAUAGGAGCCGGGCUGGGAAGGUAGUUGGAUUGAAGUAUAUGUGAUCCAGAAAAUGAGCUGGGUAGGCGGGUACUUGGACUGGGCUAACAGCAACAGCUGCUCCUGUCUUCAUAACCAAUCAGCAUCCCAUAAAGAUGACGUUUCGGUGUCCUACGUCAGCCCAAUGGCGAUAGAGUAGAGUUGGUGCAAGGGAGUUUGAGUGGGAGAUAGGGACUAGCGUGCCCCCAUCACAGCACAGGGACCAGGCACCGGAGAACAGACCCUCACACCCCCGCCCUCCCCACCGACUAACACAGCUACCCCGCCGCCGAACAAGUCCGGCUGCAACACCCGGUUAACAAUCAGCCAGCACCGGGCAGUACACAGGCGACUGCCCUGUACCCCGCGGUCCGGAGGGAAAAAAACAGCUUCAAAACUGUUGCACCACGUUUUAAAAGUGGACCUUACGCCGCCUUACUUAUUGGACAUGGGCGAUAUGGGGGAUCCACCGAAAAGUAAGUGGAGCUGGUUUUGGCUCGGGAUGCCAUUCAAAUCAAGCGUCAAUUCUAUUCUAUUCUGAGUGAUGCAAAACUGAGGCUACAUUAGACUAAUUUGUAAGUCAAUUUGUUUUCUUUGCGGUUUGCCAACGGUUUGUGCAGAGUUUAUUGUGGUAGCAGGUCCCAUUCAAUGAAACGUUUCCACUGAAUUUUCUUUACAAUUCCUAUCAGGAGGAUGCACUCUUUCAAUGCCAGUAAAGUUACUUUGUAUCAUUGAAUAGCAGUGCGCAUUAAAACUGGUCUGUAAUUGCAUUGCAUUCAUAAAUAAUGUUAUGAUCGUUAAUAACGAAUGUCUAUUAUUUAUAAUAAAUUAUAACAAAUAAGUAAUUAAUAUUAUUAUUAUUAUUAUGGUUGUUGUUGACAUUAUCAUUAUAGUCUUUUCCCCUUGUUGAAUAGAUGCUCGUUCUCAGCGGCAAAUGUAGCCCCACUACUGACGACAACACUAUGGGACAUCCAUUAUACUCAACAUCAUCUUUAGAAUCCUCCUAAUAUAUAUUCUAAUAUUUUUCUCCUGACUUUGUUCUCCAGAAAAGCGGCUGAUCUCGCUGUGUGUUGGCUGUGGACACCAGAUCCAUGACCAGUAUAUUCUGCGGGUCUCUCCGGACCUCGAGUGGCACGCUGCCUGUUUGAAGUGUGCAGAGUGUAAUCAGUAUCUGGACGAGUCCUGUACAUGCUUUGUCCGAGACGGGAAAACCUACUGUAAAAGGGACUAUGUCAGGUAAGAGCUGUUUGUUAUGAAUAUCAUAGCGUUGAAAACAUUGGUUGUUAUUGAUUGAUUGGUUGACACGUUCAGGUAUUAACUGUGUAUCUUAUCAUAACAUGGUUAUACAUGGGACGUUAACAUUUAAUUUGGCUUGACUAAUAUAUUUGAUGGUCGGGAAAACUCUAUUUUAAAGUAGGUUAUAUUUAGAUAUUCUACCAUCAAAAAUAUAUAUUACACUGGGUUGAUAUUGAGGAUUUUAUCACCACCAAUUAUAUUGUUAUUAUAAUCAUAAGCUACAGCAAUAGAACACAACUGGGUUUUCUAUUAGAAAAAAGCUAUUGUCGAAACCACAUCAGGACUGACACAGUUUUUGACAGAACUUGAGGCUACGCGUUGAACACGUUUGCACAUUCAAUACAAAAACGGUUUUUAGAAACAUAAUUAUUUAAUGUGGCCCCACAGCAAUAUUAUUCUGCAUUGAUGGCCAUAAAGUGAGUCAAUAGAUCGAUUGUAUUAACAUUUAAUCGAAAUAUUCUGUUAUCGCUCAAAUUGGCCAAAUACAUUGGGCCUACAAACAGCCUACAAUUGAAUUCAGAUUUUCGACGAUUUGUAGCCUGUAAUAAUAAUAAUGUUACUAUGAGUCCUCUAGGAAUAUAUCUAGGUAUAAUAGCCCUAUAUCUAUAAUAAUAUCCCAUUUAGCAGACGCUUUUAUCCAAAGCGACUUACAGUCAUGUGUGCAUACAUUUUUACCUAUGGGUGGUCCCGGGGAUCGAACCCACUACCCCGGCGUUACAAGCGCCGUGCUCUACCAGCUGAGCUACAGAGGACCACAGAGCUCUACCCUCAUGAUAUUUGUUCCAUUAUUCUCUGUUACCACAGAAUAGGUCUGUGCUUCGUUUUUUUUUUAUUCAUGUACUAUUUUAUACGGAUUUCAAGUGAUUCUCAUGUGGUAUAAACACAACUCAAUAUUAGGGCCCAACAAUCCCGCUUUAAAAAGAUGCCCCAAUGUGCGUGUUAUUGUUAUGCGCGCUGCCCAGCCACAGUAACGCCUAGCAGUGGGCCGUGGGCCUUGUGACACCGUUAGCCGACUCUAACCGGUCACCUAAUCUCUCCUAACCCUCCAGGUUAUACGGGAUAAAGUGCGCUAAAUGCAACAUCGGUUUCAGCAAGAAUGACUUCGUGAUGAGAGCGCGCUCCAAGGUGUACCAUAUCGAGUGUUUUCGGUGUGUGGCCUGCAGCCGACAGCUCAUCCCGGGGGACGAGUUCGCUCUCAGGGAGGACGGCUUGUUCUGCCGGGCCGACCAUGACGUCGUGGAGCGGGCCACAAUGGGCGCCGGAGACCCACUCAGCCCCCUCCACCCGGCCCGACCUUUACAAAUGGCAGGUAGGUUAACACUUUAUAUCAAUGGCAGUGCUGUUUUUUUGUUGCUUUCUGUUGGCUUGUAAUUAUAUGCGUUGUAGGUGUUGGCAAUUCGGUUGAUGUUGUAUUCGUUGGAAACUUUGUUUUCAGUCAAUGAGCAUUGCUUGGAUUCUUUUUGAAUAGGGGCUGUUGAUAUUGAACACAUAAAGACACCGAUGAAUGUACAGCAUCAUAGAUACAAAAGUUUCAAUUGGCCUACGUUUUCCAAUGUCCGUAACACUAUAUGAACAAAUAUAUAAACAAAUACCACGAAACGUUUUAUGGGAGUAACUUGUCAUGAUGUACCGAGUUUAUUUCAACAGUAGGGGCUGCGUUUCAAUUAAAACGUUCAACUCUAAAUACAUUCUGGAAUCAUCUGAAUAUGAUAUGCGCAUCUAUUGUCUAAUAUAUUUCUUUACAUGUCACCAAAAUCUAUAGCUUACAUAACUAUUGGCUAAUAUAGUUGUUUAUAUGUCAUAUAUAUAUAUAUAUAUAUAUAUAUAGCCUACAUUACUUGGUAUAAUAAGCGGCGCGACAUUGUUGUGAAUCACAAAUGAGGAAUGAAGUCAUAAUAUACAAUUGUAUAUAUUUGAUUAUUAUUAGGUCAAUAUGGUGGUGCAUGUCACUUAUGAAAUCAUUCGAAUAUGCGAGUGCUCUUUGUCAAGGUCCCUGGCAAGGGGGAGAAUAUCUGAGCAAAGUCUUUCUUUCAAUAGGCCUAGCUGAAUUAUGAGGGGCCCUAGGAAUUUAGAUGUAAAAUUGUGUUUUGUUUGUUUGAGCUGGUUAGAUGUUUCGAAGCAUCACCAUAAAAGAACAGUCCGUAGUCUACAUAUGGAUAUUAUAUUAUACGUCUUGUUUGUACUGGAGUUUAGGGGCCUAUAGCCUAGAUUAAAUGUAACCUACAUUUGUGAACGUGCCACAAUAAUGAUAUAAUUGUAUUAUGUGGCUUUUGGGCGAGUUGUUCAAGCCAGUUAGUUGGCCAUGCUCUUAAAAUAGUCGAAUAUACUAUUUCCUCAGGCUGCAUACAUCUUAGGCCUAUGUGUAACCGAAGUCGAAGUUUGUGCUGAAGUUAUAGCUGGAUUGGAAAACAGACUACAUAACCCAAGCUCGGCAGAUAGCCACAGCAUUAUUUUUGACGAGACUUCGUUCAUAAUGAAUUAUUUACAUCAAAAGAUAUUGCACCAAAAUCUAGUGAGAACCGUAUUCGACUUGAUGUAUCUAAAAAAAAAAAAAAAUACAACGUGUUUGACAGUCCACUCUCGCCCAUUGCCGGCACCCUGGUCCACGUUAAGGCAGCAAAUAUUCAACCCCUUUUUCAAUACAAGUAAUUUAGACAUAUAUGCUAAAACUAAGGGAGAAUGCACAAUCACUAAAAGUUAUUAAAAAAACGGAUAUAUAGGCUAAUAUCAAUGUAUCCUUGCUUAAUAGGGUAGCUAUGAAUUGUGGGCGUUCAUUUCAAACCCCAGUGGAAGGCUGUAAACUGUAGGAUAUAAUAAUGACAAAUGCUCCUUCUCUGUUGUUGAUUUUUACUUCAUUUUUUUAGACAGUAUCACGUGGCUUCAAUGGAAAAAUGUAGGCCACAUAGAAGUUUGGACAACUGAAAUUGGAACAGAAGUGAGAAUGAUUAGUCAAGGAUGGGGGUUGGUUGAUAGUUGAUGUACUAAAAUAUUGCCGUAAGGCCCGGAUAACACUAGGCUGAAUGGAUACUCCGUACUAGGCGUCGUUCUAGUAUGAAACAUGUACGCACUCACUAAACUGUAAGUCGCUCUGGAUAAGAGCGUCUGCUAAAAUGACUAAAAAUGUGAAAUGUUCUGGUAAAAGAUUGAGGCCCAUAGGCCUACCUUGUAGGCUACCGUGAGUGAUUGGUGCUGGUAUACUUUCCACAGUGUAUAUAUAUUUUUUGUCAUCUCAACUUUAGUCUCCAACACAGUGUCUUUAUAUAGCCACGGCGUUGAAGUGCCGAUAAAUAAAUGUGUUAUUUUGUCGUCCCUCUUCUCUUUCUCAACAGCAGAACCAAUAUCAGCCAGACAGCCCGCGCUCCGACCGCACGUCCACAAACAACCGGAAAAGACCACUCGCGUCCGGACGGUCCUUAACGAAAAGCAGCUCCACACGUUGCGGACCUGCUACAACGCCAACCCCAGGCCCGACGCUCUAAUGAAGGAGCAGCUAGUCGAGAUGACCGGCCUCAGUCCCCGAGUCAUCCGGGUCUGGUUCCAAAACAAGCGCUGCAAGGACAAGAAGAGGAGUAUUCUGAUGAAACAGUUACAGCAGCAGCAGCCGAACGACAAAACGGUGAGAACCCUGUCUGGUCUUUAUUAAAUAAAGGAUUCAAUACAGUGGUGUUCUUAUCGGUCGAAAUGCUGAUAGCUGUUGUAACUGUUUCAUUAGAAUACUUCUAUUCUUGUCUGGUCAUUUUGUUUUCAUGAAAUAACUGGGGUGAAAUAAAAAGAGGGACUUGAUCCUAUACGUCUGCCUAUGGGGAUGCAUAAUAUAUAUCCACAUGCAGGCGCAUACGUGCCCUUUUAUUUAAGCCACACACACGCGCGCACGCACACGCACACACACACAGGUCUACAUGAUCGUUAAGCAUAAACAUCUCCAUCAUAUUCUAAACACCUAAUGUUGUGUUUCUGUUGUUGGGUCAAUGUUGGCGUGCUAAUUUUGAACUUUAUAUGACGAUCAGUUUCUCUGGGACUAUCUGCAGAAUAUCCAGGGAAUGACUGGCACUCCGAUGGUGGCGGCCAGCCCGGAGAGACACGACGGUGGUUUGCAGGCUAACCCAGUGGAGGUGCAGAGUUACCAGCCGCCUUGGAAGGUCCUCAGUGACUUCGCGUUACAGAGUGACAUGGACCAACCCGCGUUUCAACAACUGGUGAGUCCAGAUAGAGGAGACGGUAGGCUGUGUUAUAACGCUAAAAUGUCUGUCUGGUAGACAGUGAGAAACGAAAUCACGAGUAACGGUUAGGUUAUUGUCGUGUUAAGUUUAUAAUGUUUGAUAUUAUUUUCUGUAAUUAGGCUAUUCACAUGGGUCGAUGUGUGGAGGGCAGACAUUUUACUUUUUAUUCUAUUGUAUUGUGAAAUCUUUUAUUGAUAUGUUGAAUAAAGAAAUCCUAAAUAUUGCAUUGUUCCUUUCUUUUUUGUUCAGGUCCAUUUCUCGGAGGGGGGCCCUGGAUCCAACUCGACAGGGAGCGAAGUCGCCUCCAUGUCAUCCCAACUUCCGGACACACCCAACAGCAUGGUCUCGAGCCCUAUAGAGGCAUAGGGGCCUCGCGGACCGACUGUAGACUCCGUCAGACUACGUCAUAUUUCUGACUGAUGAUGAAGUGAUGUUAGUUGGGCAAAGGGCGGACUGACUGAAAACGGAAAAAUUGACUUGGGGUUGAAAGAAACAAAAUGUCACUCUCUUGUUGAUUUCAUUCAAACUGAGAGAUAAAAUAGAAUCCUCCUCCUCCAACUGCACGAAGCCUCUUUAACGACGAAACAACCCCCUGGUUGUAGUUUUACACUGUGAAGACAAUCAUGGAUUAUUACCCUACCUAGAUCUGUCCAUAUGUCCGUCAUACGUCCGUCUGUCCACCCGCCGCAAAACAACCCCCGGAGAAGAUGAAAGGAGAGGACAAUGGCGUGGUCUAUGGGCUCUAUUCAAUCUGUAUUGCCGAAGCGUUACGGAUUGCGUGAUGUACAUUUAAAGCUAAUUUUCUAUUGAGCCGACAUAUGCAGCUUUGACCACGAAUGCAGUCUCCGCUAACGCGG